GAAGUGCGUCAGAGGCUGUCGCGCGCCGGAAGUGCCGCGCGCGUGUUCGCGGCCCGGCCCGAGCGCUCCGGGCCUGUCCCGGCACCGGCACCGGCACCGAUACCGAUACCGGCACCGAUACCGGCACCCCUACAGCACCAAUAGCGGCACCGAGACCCCCACAGCACCGGCACCGAUACCGGCACCGCUACAGCACCGACACCGGCACCGAUACCGGCACCGAGACCCCCACAGCACCGAUACCGGCACCCUCACAGCACUGAUACCGGCACCCCUACAGCACCGACACCGGCACCGAUACCGGCACCGACACCGGCACCGAUACCGGCACCGAGACCCCCACAACACCGAUACCGGCACCUCUACAGCACCGAUACCUGCACCGACACCGGCACCCCUAGCGGCACCGAGACCCCCACAGCACCGACACCGGCACCCCUACAGCACCGAUACCGGCACCGAGACCCCCACAGCACCGACACCCCUAUAGCACCGAUACCGGCACCGGCACCCACACCGGCACCAUGGUGAAGCCGCGCUACAAGGGCCGCUGCUCCAUCAACCCCUCCCGCGCCAGCACCAACCCCGACCGCGUCGGCGGCGAGGGAGGGAACAACAUGCGGGACCGAGCGACCAUCCGGCGCCUCAACAUGUACCGGCAGAAGGAGCGCAGGAACAAGCGUGGCAAAGUGAUCAAACCUCUGCAGUUUCAGUCAACCGUGGCUCCAGGCACCGUCGCCAGAGUGGAACCAAAUAUCAAAUGGUUUGGAAAUACUCGUGUGAUCAAGCAAUCAUCCCUACAGAAAUUCCAGGAGGACAUGGAGACUGUGAUGAAGGAUCCUUACAGGGUGAUCAUGAAGCAGAAGAAGCUGCCCAUGUCCCUAUUCUAUGACCGGAUCAAACCUCACACCUCCAGAGUUCACAUUCUUGACACAGAAACAUUUGAAACAACGUUUGGCCCCAAGUCACAAAGGAAAAGACCAACUCUGUCUGCAAGUGAUGUGCAGUCUCUGGUGGAGAAUGCUGAGGCCUCGUCAGAGUCGUAUGACCAGGGCAAGGACCGAGACCUGGUGACAGAGGACACUGGUGUAAGGGAUGAAGCACAAGAGGAAAUCUUUAAGAAAGGACAGUCCAAAAGAAUCUGGGGUGAGCUCUACAAGGUGAUUGACUCAUCAGAUGUUGUUGUUCAAGUUCUUGAUGCCCGGGAUCCCAUAGGCACUCGCUCCCCUCACGUGGAAUCCUACCUUAAAAAGGAGAAGCACUGGAAACAUCUCAUUUUUGUCCUGAACAAGUGUGAUCUCAUUCCUACCUGGGCCACUAAACGCUGGGUUGCUGUCCUUUCCCAGGAGUAUCCAACACUGGCUUUCCAUGCCAGCCUCACAAACCCAUUCGGCAAAGGUGCUUUCAUACAGCUCCUCAGGCAGUUUGGAAAGUUACACUCUGACAAGAAGCAGAUCAGUGUGGGAUUCAUUGGUUACCCCAACGUUGGCAAGAGCUCAGUGAUCAAUACCCUGCGCUCCAAGAAGGUCUGCAGCGUGGCCCCCAUCGCAGGGGAAACAAAGGUGUGGCAGUACAUCACCUUGAUGCGUCGGAUCUUCCUCAUCGACUGCCCCGGGGUGGUUUAUCCAUCAGGAGACUCGGAGACAGACAUUGUGCUGAAGGGAGUGGUUCAAGUUGAAAAGAUUAAGAACCCUGAAGACCAUAUUGGUGCUGUGCUGGAAAGAGCCAAAGCAGAGUACAUCAGGAAGACAUACAAAAUUGAUUCCUGGACGGAUACAGAAGAUUUCCUUGAGAAACUUGCUGCUAGGACUGGAAAACUGCUAAAGGGUGGUGAGCCUGACUUGCAGACUGUGAGCAAGAUGGUUCUCAAUGACUGGCAGAGGGGCAGAAUCCCUUUCUUUGUGAAGCCACCGAAUGCAGAACCAGGCCAGCCAGAUCCCCAGCCUCCUGUGUUGGAAGCCUCUGUGACAUGCAGCCAAGAUAACACUGAGGAGAAAGUCUCUGAGCUGGUGGCAUCAGGUGUGGAGCCAGCAGCAGAGGAGAGCAACACAAACACCGAAAUCAGGCAGCUCAUGUCCCAGGUUCGGCAGAACUUCGGCAGGAUUAACGUGGCACCUCAGUUCUCAGAAGAAGACCUGGUUCCUGUGGAUGUGCCAGGUUUUGAUGACACGGACAAUGAUUCCUCUGGAGAAGAGGAGGAGGAGGAGGAGAAAGAAGAGAAUGAGCAACAUCAGGAUCCAGGAGAGGAGGAAUUGCAGGUGGCUGCACCUGCAGCCCAGGAGAGCUCUAAAGCAGUUCUUAAGGCAUUGGAGGACAAGAUUGCAAAAUACAAAAAAUUUUUGGAUAAAGCCAAAGCCAAGAGAUUCUCAGCAAUAAGAAUCCCCAAGAGACUGAGUGACAUCGUGUUUGCAAAAUCCAUGGAGAAGGCUGAAGAACCCAAAGAAACUGAAGAUAGAGGCAGCACAGAGAAGAAAAGAAAGAAGAAAGAAGAAGAGGAAAGUGAUGAUGAUGAUGACCAGUUGGGUAAACAGCCUCGUAAGAAACUCACAUCCAAAGAAAGGAGACGAGCCGAGAGGCAGCAACGCUCCAAGAAAGUCGGAGUCCGCUAUUAUGAAACUCACAACGUGAAAAAUAAGAAUAAGAACAAGAAAAAAACUGGCUUGGAGGGACAAAGAUCAAAGCAGAAAAAAUACAAACAUAAGCAAUAGCUGCUUAUUCUAUUAAAUUUUACAUAAAACA